AUGUUGCGCUGCUUGAGCGUGGCAGCGGCCCUGUGGGCUGCUCUCCCAGUGGCUCAGGAGGCGGCCAUCGACGUCUAUACCGAGCCGGCGGAUCCGAACACGUACUACUCGGACCGGCACGCCUGCCCGCGCGCAUGUGACAGCCGACCGGCAGAAGAGUGGGACGUCUUCUCCUCCUUCCAACGCAUCAAGUUCUGCGACCAGCCACAGCUUUUCCAGGUUGGGCUUUACAGCACGAUCGCGGAUGAGACAACCAUUACAAGGAUCCGCGCCUGCACCACCGGCGACGCCACUUCACAGGUCAAUGCACUGUUCGAGCCCAUUUUUACCGAUCCGCAGGAGUUGGCCGAGCAUCACGACGAGAUCCUUAGUGUGCUGUCCUCUCUACCCGACAUCGAUGGUGGUGAUGACGACGCAAGCGCGCCUGUCCUUGGCGAGCGUCAGGCCGACGGGGAGGACUCAGACGGGGCCGCCUCGUGCGCCACUGGAACACCUGCCAAAGCCACCUUCUCCGUCGCCCGCGGUGGGGCCGGUUCGGCUUCUGGGGCGCUCGCCAUCCUUGACGGCUUCAAGACCUACUUCAAGCAGUCUACCAACUGCCGGCGGGUGGCUUUGUUCGGCUAUGCCAAUGGCACAGUCGCGGGUGCCUACGUCGGUGACGCCUUUGGGAAGUCUUCCACUGUCAGCAGCCUGGUCGACAAGCUUGGCGCUGACGCGAGCGAGCAUACCUCUGUCCAGCUAUGCGGACAGGGCCGCAACGCGGAUCACGUUCUGGGUGUCGUCAUUGAUGGCACUGGAGAUCUCUCGGCUGUUCAGAAGACUGUCCGCGGGUGGAGCGAGGCCAAGUGCGUCAACAAUGCUGGCGGCUCCAAAACUUCCGACGUUGACGUUGAAAUCUCAGAGCUGCCUCUGCCCAAUAUUGUGCUGCCGGACGCAGCCAGUAACUCCACAACCAACGGUACCGUGCUGGGUGGGAGCUUUGCCGCUGGGCACCUCGCUGCUCGCGCUGACUGCCGCAUCAUUCGCGUUGUAUUCGGCGAUGACUGCGGCUCUUUGGCAUCACGCUGCGGCAUCUCUGGGAGCGAUAUCACAAAGUACAACACCGCCAGUAACCUGUGCUCGACACUUAAACCAGGACAACCGAUAUGCUGCUCAUCGGGCUCGAUGCCGGAUAUCACCCCGAAGCCCAAUUCCGACGGAACCUGUGCUUCAUACCUUGUCGUCGAAAACGACAACUGUUCCAACCUCGCUGCUGCGAAUGGACUGACGAACGAGCAGAUUGAGAGCUUCAAUAAAGGCCAGAACGGCACUUGGGGCUGGGUUGGCUGCGAGAACCUCAACUAUGGGAUGAACAUCUGUCUAUCAAAGGGAAAGCCACCUAUGCCCGCGCCAGUCAGCAACGCCAUUUGUGGGCCUACAAAGCCUGGCUCUGAGCCACCAUCAGGGAACGAGGUACUUGCCGACCUGAAUCCUUGCCCUCUGAAUGUGUGCUGCAACAUCUGGGGUCAAUGUGGUGUCAACAGCGACUUUUGUACAGAGAAGCGUGCGGAGUCUGGCAAUCCUGGCACUUCGCCACCAAAGACAAACGGCUGUGUGAGCAACUGCGGCAUGGCCAUCAAGACGGACGGUAAAAAGCCAGGCUCCUUUGGCCGCAUCGGCUACUACGAGAGCUGGAACUUCAAUCGGCCUUGUAUGACAAUGAGUGCUGCCAACGCUAAUACAGAUGGCACCUAUACUCAUAUCCAUUGGUCCUUCGCAUCAAUUUCAAUGACGGAUUGGACCGUCAAGAUUGAUGAUGAGCAUAAACAGUGGUCGGGAUUCAAGGGGUUGAAGAAUAUCAAGAAGAUCAUCUCCUUUGGUGGCUGGGCGUUCUCGAACGAGCAACCAACGUACGACAUUCUGAGACAAGCGAUGAGCCCGACGAACCGAGAGACGUUUGCCAACAACGUCGUCAAGUUCCUCAAGGACGAGAGUCUUGACGGAGUUGACUUUGACUGGGAGUACCCGGGGGCCCCUGACACCGACUUUCCCGGCGUUCCUUCUGACGGGCCAAAUUAUCUUAAGUUCUUGAGCCUGAUCAAGGGCAAGCUUGGUAGCAAGACCCUUUCCAUUGCGGCGCCAGCGUCAUACUGGUACCUGAAACAAUUUCCGAUCAAGGAGAUGGCGAAGUAUCUCGACUACAUCGUCUACAUGACUUAUGACUUGCACGGCCAAUGGGACGCUGGCAACAAGUGGUCUGCGGACGGUUGUCCUGACGGCAACUGCCUCCGAAGCCAUGUGAACCUCACUGAAACGGAGCAGGCUCUUUCCAUGAUCACAAAGGCGGGCGUGUCUCCCUCCAAGAUAUUCGUCGGCGAAUCGAGUUACGGAAGGUCAUUCCGGAUGGCCACGGCUGGGUGCGAUGGGCCGAUGUGCAAAUAUACCGGCGACCGACUCAACUCUGAGGCAAUGCCUGGGAUGUGCACCAACACGUCGGGCUAUAUCUCGAACGCGGAGAUCGAACACAUCAAGAAGGGAUAUUCAGGGGUCAAGAGUUGGCAUGAUUUAAAGAGUAACUCGGACUUCAUCGUUUAUGACAAACUGGAGUGGGUCGCGUACAUGACCGACAUGACCAAGAAUACACGACGAGAAAAGUGGAAAGGCUAUGAUUUCGCAGGCACCAUUGACUGGGCGGUCGACCUGCAAAAGUUUACGAACGACCGGGACGAAGACAUCCUUGACGACCUCGAGGGCAUCACACGUCUCGAGAAAUGUGAGAACGUUGGCAAGUGGAACACGCUCGACGACGUGGAGAAGAAUGCGGGCAGCGUCCCUGCACACUGCCGCUCUGCGCACAUCCUCGUAGCUCUGCAGAAGAUGCUGUCAGACGCCAUUACGGGCUACGAUGGCCUCAUUAACGGAGGCUACGACGGCAGCUUCAAAACGUACGCUGACGUGGUUGUCGACGGUGCCAAGGACGCCGUCGAGGACUUCAUGUACGAAAACGGCAAAGAGUACUUUACCUGCAAGGUUACCGAGACGAAGGACAGCUGCAAGCACUGCUACGCCGCCGAUCGAAGCCCCGACGCGGACAAGAACUGCCGGUACUGCGAGAAUUACGAUUGCGGCUGGGAUAGCAUUUGUGACAACCCCGAGGUGCUCAGCUGCUCGGAUCACACCUAUCGGUACGAAGAGAUGGACAUGACCUGCCUGCCCGACUACUCUGAGCGAAGCGGCACCAAGCCGUCGACGCGGUAUUGGCCACAGACAACGAGAUGGGCCAUGAAGUCUGGCAAAGAGAACGACUUUUAUGCCGACCUGUACUCGGCCGUCGGUAUCGACAAGGAUAAUAUUAGGUGGACAGACGUGAACCACUACGCCUGCGAGCCGACGGAAUCGAAGGAGGAUUGUAGAAAACGGAACUGGGAUAUCAACUUCCCUGUUCCGAGCGGCUACGAUCGCGAGGACGUCCUGAACCCCAAGGAUGUCGUGGUCGAUGCCCGGAAGAACUUGACCGAUAUCGGGCCGUCGAUGACGAGGGUCCUCGAUAGCGUCAAGGCCAAUACCUUCCACGACGACCUCGAUAAUAUCGUUGACGCUCUGAUUAUCCCGAUUGCGAUGGUCGAAGACGCAGUCGCUAAUAUGAAGAAGGUGAAGGAGCUCGCGGACAAAAUCGACAAGCAGAAGCGCGAGAUGAUCAUCAUGGCCUUCUUGAGCGCUAUUUUCUUCUUCAUCCCGGUAAUGGGUGCUGUGGUCGGCGCCGUCGCCUCGAUGGCUAAUGUCGCGCGUAUUAUGGCGUUACUGGGUACGCUUGGUGGCGCCGGUCUCGACAUCUACGACAUCGUCAAGUCCGAUGGUAACGACCUCCUCGCGAUUUUCAGCUUGGUCCUCGCACCUCUCGACAUCCUGAGCGUCGCCAAGAUGACCAAGGCCGCAGCCAUCCGCCGCAAUAUGAAGGCCGAUGACGUCGCUAAGCUCGGUGGCGCGCCAAAGGCUCGUGUAGAGCACGUCGACCGCAUCCGCGGUGUGGGCCUCUGCAAGAUGAAGUCUGCGCGUGAUCUCCACUUUGGAGAGUUGCCCAUGAGUGGGCUCGACGGCCGGGAUCUGAACCUCGUCCUGUCCCCCAUCGCGUUCAAGGGUUAAAGCAAAUGGUCUUCGGGGCUGUCAGGUGUCCCGGAUGAGACACUGGCUCGCUGGUGGCGACUCAAGAGGCAGGGCAUAGCAAGCAGACAAGUGGCUGG